AUUCAUUUGCCAUCAGUUUAUGUACGGAAAAAGUGAAGUUUCCAUUCUUGUAUAAGAAUCACCACCUUUAAAUAAUUCAAUUCCAUGGCGUCGUAUGAAUUCCUGUCAAAUGCUCAUUAUUACCCCUCUUUUAAUUUAUUUCUUCAUCUUUCUCAGGUUUCAGAUUUUUCAUCUGAUGUAAAAGGUUCUUGCAAUUUUCUGGUGACAUUUGGUUUCUACUCACUACAAACUCCAAAUGAUCUCUAUUUUUGUCCUUUAAACACUUGAAAUUUAAAGAAAAAAUAACCACGAUUUUUGGUUGUUCGUGUUAGGGAGAUGGCGCAUAUGGAGAGCACCUCCGCUGAAAAGACAACAUCCCUAAAAUCAAGUAUUCUCUCCAGAUAUGAUGAGGUCUUUCAUGCCCAUACUUCAGAUAUAAAAAGGGUGAAUGAGAAGAUAACUGUCGACUGUGAGAAGUUUCUUCAAUAUUAUGAAGACAGCUGUUCGCUCAUGGACGACUUAACCAGAUCUCUGCAACAGCGAGAAGAUGAACUAAAGAAAAAACAACGGAAGCUUCAAAAGGAAAAAACAAAGCUAGAACUCAAGAAGAGAGUGCGAGAAAGAUUAUCUUCCUGCAAACAGUUGAUUAACGAAAGCUGCACUUCUAGGAAACUAGCUGAAGAUCUAAAGGGUGAACUAGACGUGCUUCAUGAAAGAAGAGCUGAACUGGAAUCCCAACUGAAAGCUGAAGAUUAUGAAAGCCUAGAAAGCGAGAUUAUCCAACUUGAAACUGAUUUACAAGUCAUACACGAUGAUGACUGUAUAGACCUUGAAGAAAAGAUGAUGAAUUUAAAGAGGAAAUUGAUACUGAAGGAUGAAGAACUUCAAGUCUUGAAACAACUGGAAAACUCUUUUCGUUCAGCUAUUCAGACAAAAAACGAGGAAUUGCAAGACGCUCGUUGGGAAUUUAUUGAUGGUUUAAAAGCGUGUUCUUUUGGUGGUGGCAUAGGCAUUAGGAGAAUGGGAUUAGUAGAUUCGACGCCUUUCUUUAUUGGAAAAAGGAAAGAGAAUGCAGCCAAGUUUUCAUCACUAUGCAGACAACUUCUUGAGGAUCCAGAGUGGUAUCCUUUUACCACUAUCACAGAUGGAUCGGAUCAAAAGGAGAUUAUCAAUGAAGAAGAUGGGAAGAUGGUUAUUUUGAAGUCGGAAUGCAGUGAUGAACAGUAUCGAGCUGUAGUAACAGCGUUGAUAGAGAGGAAUCGGUAUCACAAGAAUGGAAGGGAUUUGAUGGAAGAGGUAUGGAAUUACAGGGAGAAUAGAUAAGUCAGUUUGAUAGAAGGCAUUGAUUACCUUCUUAAAGAAUGGAAGAUUCAAAAGCAACGGAAAAGACGCUGUGCUAAUUAAAGCUUUACUUAAACACCUUUUCAAUCUAACUUUUUGGCAUAUUUUAUGGAAAGGAAAAAAAUGUUUAUCCUUUACUUGCCUUUCUUGGUCUUUGUAUAAACAUUUGUUUGAAAUUGGUCAUACUUUUGUAGUAGUGAUCAUGUAUGGUUGAUUCUAGUCAAAUAUGGUCGGUUUAUUUCAAUUGAUUUGGAUUAAAUUUUACUUAACGAAACGAUUAUGCCAUAUGUUACACUUCCAAUUUGUGGUCCAUUGACCAAAUCAACAAUAGAUCGGCAUACUUCAUAAAUA